GCCUUCCCCUCGCCUGCGUCCGCGCUCGGGAUGCCCCUGCAGGUUAGCGAUUACAGCUGGCGGCAGACCAAGACUGCGGUCUUUCUCUCUCUGCCCCUCAAAGGCGUGAGCGUCAGAGACACAGAUGUGUUCUGCACGGAAAACUAUCUGAAGGUCAACUUUCCUCCAUUUUUAUUUGAGGCAUUUCUCUAUGCUCCCAUAGACGAUGAGAACAGCAAAGUGAAGAUUGGGAAUGACACGGUUGUCUUCACCUUGUAUAAAAAAGAAGCAGUCAUGUGGGAGAGCCUUUCUGUGACAGGUAUUGACAAAGAGGUGAUGCAAAGAAUCAGAGAAAAAUCUAUUUUACAAGCACAAGAGAGAGCAAAAGAAGCCACAGAAGCAAAAGCUGCAGCAAGGCGAGAAGAUCAAAAAUAUGCACUAAAUGUCAUGAUGAAGAUUGAAGAAGAUGAGAGGAAAAAAAUAGAAGAUAUGAAAGAAAAUGAACGGAUAAAAGCUACUAAAGAAUUGGAAACCUGGAAAGAAUAUCAAAGAAAAGCUGAAGAACAAAAAAAAAUUUGGAGAGAAGAUAAAUUACGUCAAAAAGAAAAGCAAAUUGAAGAAGAAAGGAAAAAAUUAAAACAUAAAAGUCUUACUAGAAGUUUGACAUCUAGAAAUCUUGCCACAAAAGGAAAUAAUUCAGAAAAUAUAUUUUCUGAGAAGUUCAAGGAAGUCAAUAUUCCUGCUCCUCGCUCUGUUGGCAGUAUUAAAAUCAAGUUUACCCCUCGAGUAUUCCCAACAGCUCUCCGUGAAUCACAAGUAGCAGAAGAGGAGGAGUGGCUACACAAACAAGCUGAGGCACAAAGAGCAAUGAAUACUGAUAUUCCUGAACUUUAUGACUUAAAAGAAGAAGAAAAGAACCCAGAAUGGUUGAAGGACAAAGGAAACAAAUUGUUUGCAACAGAAAACUAUUUGGCAGCUAUCAAUGCAUUCAACUUAGCCAUAAAAUUAAAUAAUAAAAUUCCACUACUGUAUCUGAAUCGGGCUGCUUGCCACCUAAAAUUAAAAAAUUUACACAAGGCUAUUGAAGAUUCUUCUAAGGCACUGGAAUUAUUGGUGCCACCUGUUGCAGACAAUGCUAAUGCAAGAAUGAAAGCAUAUGUACGACGUGGAACAGCAUUUUGUCAACUAGAAUUGUAUGUAGAAGGCCUACAGGAUUAUGAAGCUGCACUUAAGAUUGAUCCAUCCAACAAGAUAGUCCAAAAUGAUGCUGAGAAGAUUCGGAAUGUAAUUCAAGGAACAGAACUAAAAUCUUAAUGACUACUGGAAGCAACUAGGUAUUAAGUUUUUCAAAAAAAGCUGGAUACAUUAUGAAUCUUUGUACCUAUAAUGGAUGAUUGUGUAGAAUUGCUUUUUGUACUUUAGUUCUGUAAAGGGAAAAAUAUGAUAAAUCUAUAGAAAAUGAAAUGUUUG